AUGGGAGAAAAUCUUAAACUUACUGUCUCCACAAAAAACGAUGGGAAGAAAAAGGCAACAUCUGAUUUAGAUGCAGCUGCAGAGCCAAGAAGGAAGUCUCAAAGGUUGUCAGAGAAAGAGACGGAGGAAAAGCCAAAGCCAGAGAAGGCCCCUACGAAGACAAAAAAAGGGACAGAAGCCGGACAUGGAGGGAGCCAGACAGAGCGGGUGAGGGAGCUGCAGACGGAGGGAUCUGGAGACUGGUUGACGCAGGUGCGCUGGAGAGAACCGCAUGCUGGAGGUGCCCUCACUUAUGCCAGCUACGCUGGUGAGGCCCACAUGUUGGAGAAAGGACCGAGCGGUGCAGUGGAUAAGAAAGAAAGAGCCAAGGCAGAUAAAGAAACUCCUGCAGAAAAUGGAGAGGCCAAAGCUGAGGAGGCUCCUGCAGCAGAGGAUCAGACAGACAAGGGAAAAAAAAAGGAAGAAAAGGAAGACAAGCCUGAAGAGGAGCAGAAAGCAGCGCAGUAG